UUUUUCGUAGAGGGUGACGUUUUAGGAUUAUCUUUUAAUUUGCAAUGCUGAAUUACAGUUAUAAAUCGUUAAAUUAUUUUUCGUACAUGAACUGAUUAAUAGCUGAACUGUAUUUAGAAAUGGUGAAACCUUGUUAAAUGAUUGCUUGAUUAAGUAAAGCACUUUCUGAAUAAUAAUCCUCAUUGAAGUAAUUCUUUUAAUCAUGAAAUUAUAGUUAUGUAGAAAUAUUCUAUAUGCUAAUCUUAAAUAUUUGCACCAAUAUUUGAUAGUUAAAUCAAAUAGUUAUGAAAUAUUUAGAUUCAUUCUUCAAUUCUUUUUUUGAACAUGGUCGUUAGAAAUUAAACUAUUGCAGAACUGAAUGUAUGAAUUUCAAAUUAAUGGAUUCUAUGAUAUAUAAAGAUGUCGAUAAUUAAUCCUCGCUUUAAACUUUGCACAUUUGAUGUCACAAACACUCUUCUGAGGUUUCAAGCCUCUGUUGGAGAGCAGUAUGCAAAGAUUGGAAAAAUGUAUGAUGUGGAUAGAGAUCCUGAGCAAAUAUCAAAAUCUUUUCGUCAUCUUUGGAAGGUAAUGAAUUUAAACCAUCCAAAUUAUGGUAAAAAUACUGGGUUGUCUUCUAAAGAAUGGUGGAAAGAACUUGUUCGAAAAACAUUUUUUAAUGGUACAACUGAACUUUCAUCAGUUCAAUUAGAUUCCAUUUCUAGUCAUUUGUAUGAUUUGUAUAAAAGUGAUGAAUGUUGGAAAGUAGAAUCUGGUGCAGAAAAUCUUUUGAAAAAUUUGAAGGAAAAGCAGAUAAUUCUGGGAGUUAUUUCAAAUUUUGAUGAGCGGUUAGAUUGUGUUUUGAAAUCCAAUGGUUUAAAGUCAUAUUUUGAUUUUGUUUUGGCAUCAUAUGUUGUUCAAGCAGCAAAACCUAGCAAAAAGAUAUUUGACCUUGCAUUAUUUCAAAGUAACUGCACUGCAACACAAGCUUUGCAUAUUGGAGAUAAUGUGAAAUUAGACUAUUUAGCAGCUAAAGAUGCAGGAUGGAAUUCAUUAUUAUUUACCAAGACAAGCAUAAAUGAUGAUGAGUUAAAAUUUGUUUCUUCAGAUGAGAUUGUAAAUGACAUGAGACAAAUCGAGAAAUUUAUUUUAUGUUCAUGAUAUUAGUUUUUCUGCCUUUAUGAAGGUUCCAUUGAAGGCAAUUACAAAAGAAAGGCUUUUAAAAAAAGCUAUUUAUAUAGUAUAUAUAUCUUUUAGAGAUUAAGAUAAUAGUCAUAUCUUUUAUUUUUAUAUAUCAUAGAUAUAUAUUGAACUGAAGGGAAAAAAUAUACUGUAUCAAUAUUAUUAUGUGUAUACUUUUUCAUGAUUAUAUUUUAAGGCGUUUAAUUGAUUUCAGGAUAACAAUUUCUAU